CACAAAUAUCAUCCACCAUUACACGUCCCCAACAUAAAUUACACUAUCCCACCUCUCUCUCUCCUCCCAACUUUCCUCAAAAGCUUUUCAACAUCACAUAGAAAACUGUUUUAGAAAUGGCCCAUGCUAUGGCUUCAAUGGCAGGCUUACUUGGCUCCUCUCAGGCUGUCUUGGAAGGCAGCCUCCAACUCAGUGGCUCGACAACCCGCCUGACCACCGCCAGCAGCGGCAGAAUUGCCACCUCCCGACCGGGGUUCACUGUUAGAGCCCAGCAAGGUUCAUCUGAGAUUGAAACCAGCCGCCGAGCUGUAUUGGGCCUUGUUGCUGCUGGCCUGGCCUCCGGGUCUUUUGUCCAGGCCGUACUGGCUGCUGAAGCCAAGCCCAUCAAGAUUGGACCGCCCCCUCCACCCUCUGGUGGACUGCGUAAGUGUCCUCUUUCUUUUUUCAAUCAAGUUUCUAGUACGGAGGAGCGAGCUGGAACUUUAAACUCAGAUGAGCCAAGAGACCUUGAUCUAGCACUGAAAAAUCGUUUCUUCAUUCAACCACUGUCACCGGCCGAGGCAGCAGCGAGGGCAAAGGAGUCUGCCAAGGAAAUUUUUGGUGUGAAGACGUUCAUAGACAAGAAAGCUUGGCCAUACGUCCAGAAUGACCUCAGGCUGAGGGCAGAGUACCUCCGGUAUGACCUCAACACCGUCAUCGCCGCCAAGCCGAAAGAGCAAAAGCAACCUCUGAAAGAACUCACCGGAAAGCUCUUCCAGGACAUCAGCAAUCUGGACCAUGCUGCAAAGAUUAAGAGCACCCCUGAAGCAGAGAAGUACUAUGCAGCAACUGUAUCAUCACUGAAGGACGUUCUAGCCCAGCUCGGUUAGAACGAAUCAUGUAUCUUGGUGUAUGCUUUGCCCUUCUUAUAACAAGACACUUCAAUUUGUCCCAUGAAAUUUUGAAGUUACAAUGAAGUUUCUUUUAGGCCCAAGUGCAUAUAUGAUGAGGGGUCUCGUGUACUGGAUAUUAAGAAUAGCGUAUUGCGUUCGACCAUUUAAGUACUAGACAUUAAAAAAUAGUGGUAGUGGAGACUCAUGCACUAAGCUGCCUUUUUACGCUACAAAUUAGACAGUUUACACAAAAGCUAUGGUGUUUCACAUAAAAACUGAGAAACAGUUUGAUUGUUACUGUCAAUGACUCACCAACGGUUUCCAGAUGCAAUUACAAGGAUUGUUGUUUAGCUCAAAGGGGCCAGAAAAUCUUGUUUAAGGGAAGCCUCUUUAACCUCCAUCUGGAAUUUGAUAGAAGAAGACCCCUCAAAAACUCACCUCAUCUAGCAGCGCUACAGCUCAAUGCUUUCAGUUUCAAACGUUUUCAAAUGAAAUCAAUGGA